GUUGUCUGCGAUUGGAGGAGGAGGUGGCGGGCUGCUUGUUGUCUCGCUGUUUAAGUUGAGGAGGAGCAGCUGCGGCGGUUGUUUUGCCGUUGGAGGUGUUUCAUAGCGGUCUUGGGGCUUUAGUCCCCUGCUCCCGAUGAGUCCGGCUCUAGCCGCAGGGAUAUGAGCUCAAUGAACCACGCCGCGGGGACCUCCCCUCGCUCCAGAAGGCUGGCAACCCCCCAUGUCUCAUCCAGGCAUGCUAGUUCUCAGUCUCCAAGUCAGGAGGACUUUACUCCUCUCCCUUCAAUCAAUGAGCGUUUGGCUUUUCUCUGUCCCUCCCGGGAGCUGCUGGAAUACUACCGCAAGGUGAUCGCUGACUUUGAUAGGGAGCAUGAGGAUUUGGUUAAAAGGCUGGAGAGAUACAAAGAAACGUAUGAUGAGCAGCACAAAUUGCAGUGGGAAGUACGUCAGAGAGAAGAAGAGAUUGCAGAGUUGCAAAAGGCUUUGAGUGGUAUGCAAGUCUGCCUCUUCCAGGAAAGGGAACACGUCCUUCGGCUGUACUCAGAGAAUGACCGGCUGAAAAUCAGGGAACUGGAGGAUAGAAAAAAAAUUCAAUAUCUCUUGGCUUUAGUGGGAACAGACAAAGGAGAAGUUACAUAUUUUCACAAAGAGCCUCCACAUAAGGUUACUGUUCUGCAAAAGCCAGCUAAAUCCAGAGUAUCACAUGAACAAAAUGACGCUUCUGGAACAGGCGCCAAGAGGAACACUUCAAUACCAGCAGCAAAAGGCGAGAAACCAGAAAGUCCUGAGAGGUAUCAGAAAGAUACUCAAACACUUCUACUUCAGGUGGAGGCCCUGCAAGCUCAGAUAGAAGAACAGACACGAUUAUCCAAGGAACAGGUUGAGGCACUGUUAGAGGACAGGCGGAUUCACAUGGAGGAAGCGCAGGUCCAGCAUCAGAGAGACCAGGACAAGAUCAAAACUAUAACAGAUAAACUCCAUAAAACUCAAAAUCUCUUAUACGAGAGUACUCGUGACUUUCUCCAGCUCAAAUUUGAUGCCCGAGCCAAUGAGAAAGCAUGGAUGGCAGAGAAGGACAGUCUUUUGAGGAAACUUGACAAAAAAAGGGGUAUCAGCAAGGAUCCAGGAAGAGAGAAGCAGAGAGAUACCAAGAAGACACUUCAAGCAGAUGAUGGAGCUUCGAAACUCCACAGCCGAGAACUAAAAUCACUGCAAGAGCAGCUAAUGCAGGAGCAGCGCCUAUCAAGCAUGUAUAGAGAGCAGUGCAUCACCCUGGAAGAUGAGCUAGCGAGGAUUCGUGAGGAAGGAGAUGCUGGCAGAGAACUCUUUAAGGAACGUUCAGAAAAGAUGGUUAAGCGCCUGAAGCUGAUGACUCAGCGAUAUGAGGCCUUGGAAAAACGUCGUAAUAUGGAAGUGGAAGGCUUCAUGAAUGACAUUAAACAGCUUCGGCAGAAGCUGAAAGAUGUAGAGAAGCAGCUUUUUAAGGUGACUCUGAAUAUGGGACCAGACCAGGAUCUUGCAAUUCUACACGAGGUCUGCCAAGGAAACAGACUAACUCGUAAAAUUCAAGGAGAACUGAAAAACUUAAAAGCAAAAAUCUUUGUCUUGGAGAAUAAAUUACGAGUCUGCUGAAGCAGAGGUAUAGCUGGCAUCCUUGUUUUAACAGUGGGACACUGGUAGGCUAGAAUAGUCAUAUGUGAGAACAGCUCCUGCCUGUCUGUUUCCUGGCAUCCAGUGACAGAAGGCUUGAGGAUAUCUGAAGUUAUUGUCAUAGCAUUGCACAUAAGCCAUUCUGAAUCUGCCAGAUUAUUUUUCUGCUGAGAGAUGGCACCUGAUAAGGCUGACGUAGAAAGUACAUGAUGACUAUUAUAUAUAUUGGGAAUAUGACUUCAUCUUACCUUUGUAUCUGGUAGUGGUCAGUGUAUACUGGCCUUCAACUUUCUUUGGGUCAUAUUAUGAACCGCGUAUAUGGUUAUAAUAAGAUAAUCACGGAAGGAUCUAGUUCAAGAUCUGAAUUGCUUGACUGACCUUGUCUAUGUGAGAAGCGGCUUUUAAAAUGGUUUAAAUGAUUAAUGGUUUGGUGCUUAGGCACUUCAGAAUGUAACUGGAAAUUUUCUUUGAAACAGACCACAUAUCUAAAGUAUAUAUUGAAUUUACAUCUGACUUUCCCCUCGAGUGUAUAACUGUUUUAAAAUGGCUUCCCUAUUGCUUGGUUCUAAGUUGAUUGGAACAAACCUGACUGAUUUUAAUAUGGUGGGAAAAGAUAAUCUGUUACAGAACCAGCAACAUCUACGCUUACUUUAAAUGUUGGGGGUGAGGGAAAUACUAAAGUGUCAUCUUCUCAUCCCCUUUCUCCCAGUUUAUUUUAACACACAGAGGAAGCCCACAAUACAGGGCAUACAGUAUCUUACUUAACCCCAUGGUAUUAUCUGUCUUUUUAGCUUUAAACGAUAUCAUGGUUACAUACUGACAAAUCGUGGUCAACUUUUGCCAUAGCAGCUGUUGCUGCUGAACUGUAACUGAAAUUGGGAUGGGAGAGCAGGUGCUAGUUGCUACGUGAUAAUUGUAACUAGCUGUAUGAUAAUUGCCUUCAUACCAGACAUCAGGACAUCACAAUGCUAGAAAACAGAUGAAGUCAUGAAAAGGGUUACAACAUGACUUCAGCCUAGUUUAUAAUUGUGGGUAUUGAUGGCUUUUACUGUAGUAUCAGCAAAUCUUGUCCACCUCAUAGACUGAGAGCACAUCUGUGUUGGGAAAGGUAUUUCAGUGCCUCUUUCUACUGUCAAAUGUGACAGAAGCAGAAUAAUAAUUAAAUUAUACACCUACAGGCUACCCGCACUUCCUUUCUUGUAGGGAAGAACUUAGUGUGUAACAGCAGACGGUUUCUUUUGAAUGUGGUAGUGACCACAGAGAAACUCCUUCAGCAUCUGGGAGAGGCACAUGUGCAAAAGAUGUUCUUGUGCUGUCAGGAUUUGGAGAAAGAGCUGGUUUUAUAGCACCAGCUAAAACGUUGCAGGAAGGGAAAUUUCCUUACAAAGUCAUGGCCCACUUUAAUUGUGUAUCCUUUUUGUGACAAGCUUGCUGUCCUGUAUGGUCCUGUGCGUUGGCAUGUAUUUUUGUAUGUGUUCUUGAGGUCAGAUUCAUCACAGACAGACUGAUGUGGCUGAUAGUCUGUACCUAGAUGCUCAGAUACUACUACAGGUUAUGAGAGGCUGUUUUAAAGUGUGUUGCACUGAUUGGUUUAGCUGAAAAUGCUGAACUGUUCAGAAACUGAUUCAUGCACAACUUGGGUGCCAAUGCUAUGUGGACAGUCAAGGUUUAUUAAAUAAUGCUACCCAUCACUUAGUCUCACUAUUUGUUGACUAGUAGUUUCUCAGGUAAGUCUAGCUAAUUGAAGUGAGUUUGUGUGUGAAAUAACUUGCUAUUGGUUUGAAGAUAAGAUAUCAAAGUUAUCACAGGUCCUGGAAGGCUACUUCUGAAAAUUGCUACGUAAUGAAGUAUGAGUCACUUAUUCAGCAGGAUCAGCUGGUGGGAAGCUGGCAAGAAGGUCUCUUGAUCCUAUAGAAAUAAAUGGGUUUGCGUUUA